AAAGUAUGAGUGCUGAAACUGAAAGUUCAAAAUUUUUCCAACAUUCAGGAAAGAUAAGUUUGUCCAAAAUCAUUGAACCACGACCAAAUUCAAACUUAAACUGCUUAUUCCUUAGAUGUAUCUAUAUUAUUUUCAAAGUGAAAGGAACAUAACUCUGCUAAAAAAUCAUCAAACCAUGACCAAAUUCCAACUUGACCUGCCCAUUCCUUUGACAUAUCCAUAUGUCAAAUUUGAGUUGAAUAUGUAACACUGUUGGGUAGAUAAUGAACAGAAACUAUAAAUUUCAUAUUAUUUUCAAAGUGAAAGGGGCAUUACUUUGCCAAAAAUUCAUUGAACCAUGACCAAAUUCUAACUAUGCCUGGGUAUUCCAAAAACAUAUCCAUAUGUCAAUUUUGAGUUGAAUUUGUUGUACCGUUGGGGAGAUAAUGAACGCAAACUGAAAAUUUCAUAUUUGUUUCAAAGUGAAAGGGGCAUAACUCUGCCAUGCCAAAAAUUAUUGAACCAUGACCAAAUUUGAACUUGACCUGCGCAUUCCUUUAACGUAUCCAUAUGGCAAGUUUUGAGUUGAAAGUGUUGUACUGUUGGGGAGAUAAUGAACGGAAACUGAAAAUUUCAUAUUGUUUUCAAAGUAAAAGGGGCAUAACUCUGCCAAAAAUCAUUGAACCAUGACCAAAUUGGAACUUGACCUGUAUUUUCUCAUGACAUAUCCAUAUGUCAAGUUUGAGUUGAAUCUGUUGUACCGUUGGGGAGAUAAUGAACGGAAACUGAAAAUUUCAUAUUAUUUUCAAAGUAAAAGAGGCAUAACUCUGCCAAAAAUCAUUGAACCAUGACCAAAUUCGAACUUGAUCUGUAUUUUCCCAUGACAUAUCCAUAUGCCAAAUUUGAGUUGAAUGUGUGCAACCGUUCUUGAAAUAAUGAACGGAAACUGAUGAUGACGGAAGGAAGGAAUGACAGAAUGACGGAAGGAUGGAAUGACGGAACAGGGUAACACUAUAUGCCCCGGCCAUUACAUGGCGGGGGCAUAUAAAAAGUGUGGCAUAAGCAUAACUUGACUUAGCAUAGCAUAAACAUAGCAUAAAAAAUAGUGUGGCAUAACAAAAAUAGUGUGGCAUAUGAAUAACAUAGGCAUAACAAUGAUAGCAUAGCAUUGCAUAAUAUAACACAACACAUCUGUUUAAAAAUAUAACAGCACAUAAGAUAAUCUCACUACUUAAAUGCCAGUAUUGUCCAUCUGUCAAAUUUAUUUUUAAAACUUUGCAUUAAGUGUCCUAUAUUUUACUGAAUGUUGAACCUGAUGACCUAAAUAUUGUUCUAAAAUUUGACUUAUUUGUUUAUAUACAUGAACAUGUACAUAAUGGUGAAAACAUUUGCAUUAAUGAAGUAUUCAUGAGGUACGGUAUGUAACUAAAAAGCAGAUACAAAUGUUAAACAAAAGAUAAAAAUAAAUCUGGUUAGUGGCAAAUGUUAAUGAAAAUGGAUGUACUCAUGGUCAGAAUGAACAAAUAGAAGAGGAUAAUUGAUGAUCCAGUUUAUUGUGGUCCAGUGGGUAGAAAUCAUUUCUUUCAAAGUGCUGGUAAAUGGGGAAAAGGAUUUCUCCAGUAUGAUCAAAGACAUUGUAUCACAUUAUAUAAUACUCCAAAAUGAAGUGCAAUAUUUGUAAUGUAGAGACACCUACAAUCAGAAUGCCAUAUCAUUAAAGUGUAAUCUGUAUACCUUACCAGAGAAAACGGGAAUCAACAUGGAGGGGCAGGGUGAUAACUGUAUCCAUGGCAGCAGUGAGAAUACACCUCUUCUUGUAGAAGAGACUGGUUCAGGAACUGUAACUGGGACAGAACAUUGCCAAGGAGAAGUUAAUCAGACAUCGGGAUUCACUUUGAAACAUUUAAUGAUUGUUCCUAUGUGUGCCUGUUAUUUUAUUGCUGGAUGCAUUUACUUGUAUAUUUUCCCUCAGUACAUUCAAAAGGUGAUGGAGAAUAGUGAUGUGCAGGAUUUUCCACACAAAAUUUCACCACAUGUUCCACAUGUUAUUUUUUCCCAACGUAAUUAUGUUUUUCAAUCUCAGGAACAGACAGUUUCCGAUGGGUGCUCUAAUGUGAACAAGUCUGAUGAGGCAUACAAGAAGUUUGACCACAUUCAACAGGAAACGGCCAAAUGGAUUAUUUAUUUCAACAUAUCGGUGCUAAUACCGGCAAUGUUAGCAAAUUUGAUCUGGGCAUCUUUUUCUGAUGUGCUUGGACGGAAAUUUGCCAUGUUCCUAUGCUUGGCUUCGAUGACAAUACGUUUAACUAUUUUCACAUUUGUUGUAUACUUCAAAUUAAGUCUAGUCUAUGCGUUAAUUGGCAAUUUUAUCGAUGGACUGGCUGGGUCUUAUACUAGUCUCUUUGCGAUACUGUUUUCAUAUGUGUCUGAUAUUACAUGUACCGGAAAGCAACGAACCAUAGCAAUAGUCGUAGUAGAACUUGUGAUCGGACUUUCAUUUACGGCCUCAUCUAUAGUAUCCGGACAUUUGAUAGAUCAGUUUGGCUUCUUUUAUCCGUCGAUGGUAAAUUCUAUCAUAUCUGCAGUAGGGAUUUUGAUACUUCUAUUUCUGGUUCCAGAAACUAUGCAACGCGAUCGAACAGAGCGACAAGUUAGACCGACUGUCUGGAAAAGUUUGGCGGAAUCUUUUAGAUUCUAUUUUUGUGAUGGAACGAAAAUUAAGCGUGUAAAAUAUGUUUUAUUAAUGCUUUCAUUCUUCUUCAUGGGUAUACCAGCAAUGAGUAGGAUGUCUAUAGAAGUACUGUAUCAGUUAGGUCGACCAUUCUGUUGGUCGCCAACAAAAAUAGGCUGGUUCGGGGCCAUCAAGAUGAUUGUGGCGUCAUUAUUUGGUAUCGGAAGUACUUAUAUAUUUAAACGUUGUGUGGCAGAUGAUACCAUUGCCUUCUAUAGUUUGAUUCUAACUGCGGCUGGCUACGUGGUGGAGGGAUUGGCCAAGACUGAUUUUGCCUUAUAUAGCGGUAAAUAUGUUGCUGUUUGUUUGUUUCAUUUUACGCCAUUUCCCAACAGUAUUUUAGUCAUAUAGGCGGGUAGUUUCCUAACCAUCAUUCCUGGAGAGUUACACCAGUACUAGACUACCUUCCUCCGCGCUAAACUAGCAAAGCAUCAAG